GAUAGUCAUAAAGAGGAUUAUAUAAAUGCUAUGACUGAAUAUUUGAGAAUGAGUGGCAUAUAUUGGUGUUGUAACUCAUUAGCACUUUUAGGCAAAUUAGAUAACAAUCAUUCCUCAAUUAGAAAGCAAGAUGUUAUAUCAUUUAUCAAAUCAUGUGAAUGUUCUAAUGGUGGUUUUGCAUCUAGUCAGAACCACGAUCCACAUCUUCUAUAUACUCUUAGUGCUAUACAAAUCUUAUUACUUUACAAUUCAUUAGAAGUGAUCGAUUCUGAUAAAGUUGUUGCUUAUAUUAAAAAUUUGCAAAAUGAUGAUGGUAGUUUUUGUGGAGAUAAAUGGGGUGAAGUUGAUACCAGAUUUUCCUUCUGUGCAUUGGCUGCUUUAGCUCUUCUAGAUAAAUUGGACUGCAUAAAAGAAGACAUUGAUAAGAUUGUGAAUUUCGUAUUAAAAGGUCAUAAUAUUGACCAAGGUUUUGGUAGCAAGCCUGGUUCGGAAUCUCAUGCUGGCCAGAUUUAUUGCUGUCUCGGUGUUUUGGCCUUGACGGGAAAUCUUCAUUCUAUAGACACCGAAAGAUUAGGUUGGUGGUUAAGUGAAAGACAAUUGCCUUCUGGUGGAUUAAACGGAAGGCCCGAAAAAUUUCCGGAUGUCUGUUAUUCUUGGUGGGUGUUAGCUUCUUUAGCUAUCAUAGGAAAACUGUCUUGGAUUAAUAAAGUAAAUUUAACUUUAUUUAUACUGGCUUGUCAAGAUGUCGAACUCGGCGGUUUCACCGACAGGCCUAGGGAUAUGCCCGACCCUUUCCACACCGUUUUUGGUAUAUCCGGAUUAUCUUUGUUAGGCACGUAUCCCCGCAAUAUAUUACCAAUAAAUCCGAUAUUUUGCUUGCCACAGCAUAUAUUGCCUUCUCACCUUCAAUAUCAAAUAUUACCGCCUACUUAAAUUCUCGUU